AUGACAGAGAUACUGCCAAUUCCAGAACCGCCGGGCUGGCCUCUCCUUGGAUACAUGGUUGGGGUGAUCGAUAAUGAAUUCCCUUUGGGAUCGUUUAUGAACAUGGCGGAAGAGCAUGGUGAAAUAUACAGAAUCUGGCUCCUCAAGUCUCCAGUCACUUUCGCCUCCGAACACAAGAUCAUCAACGAGCUAUGCGACGAGAAACGUUUCCGCAAAGUCCCUGCUGGUGUCAUGAAAGAACUCCGAGAGGCGGCCAAUGAUGGCCUCAUCACUGCUUACCUCGAGGAGGAGAAUUGGCGGGUUGCCCAUCGGGUGCUAAUGCCAGCCUUCGGACCGGGUGCCGUCCGGGGUAUGUUUGACGACAUGCAUGAUAUUGCAACCCAGCUGGCUCUGAAAUGGGCGAGACUCGGCAAGAACGAGUCUUUCACUCCCAGCGAAGACUUCAUUCGCCUCGCCAUGGAUACGUUGGCUCUCUGCUCCAUGGAUUACCGAUUCAACAGCUUCUAUAGCACCGAGACGCACCCGUUUCUCCAGGCCAUGGCCAGGGUGCUCCGAACAUCCAGAUACCGUGCUAGAAGACCCGACAACGCGGUCUCAAACCUUUACUACCGCAACGAAAACAAGCAGUACUUUGAGGACAUUGCGUAUCUGCGCAAAGUCUCCGACGACAUCGUCACGCAUCGCGCAAGCCACCCCACCGAGCCCAAGGAUUUAGUCGCUGCCAUGCAGAACAACGCCGAUCCUAAGUCUGGAAAGCACAUGACAGGAAAGAGCACUACCGAUAACGCGUUGAGCUUUCUCGUUGCCGGCCAUGAGACAACGUCUGGAUUGCUGUCCUUUACUCUGUACUACUUGGUCAAGCACCCCGAGGUGUGGAAGAAGGCCCAAAAAGCGGUUGAUAGCGUCUUGGGAGAGGGACAGAUAAAGGUGGAUCAGCUUUCCAAGCUCCCAUAUGUCACAGCGAUCCUCCGCGAGACUCUUAGAUUAGAGCCACCCCUGCCCGUGUUUGCUGUCAAGCCAUAUGAAGACACUAUCAUUGCAAACGAGUAUCUGGGCCAAUCGGUAUUCCCCGCCAUGGGCUAUGUCGCCAUGGCCCUCGAGGCUGCCUCUGCUAUUGCCGGUCCUAACCGCAAGCUUGGCAUGAUCAGCCUCGAAGACGUCGUCAUCGGUCGCGCCCUCACUUUUGGCAAUGACGAUGCCGGCAUGAAGUACCGUGUUACUGUCAACAUUGAGAUCCUUAACAGCGACAAGUUGCGGGGCCACAUCAGCUGCCACUCUGGUCUACCCUACGAUAGUGCCACUCCUUUAGCCCUGAACUUCAGUGGUACUAUCGGUAUGGUCUUCUACGAACCUCGGCCGGACACUCUGCCUACCUCUUGGAUCCACGAGAUUAACCUGGGACUCGCUGAGCCGGAACGCCUGUACUCGCAGUUUACCAUGUUAGGCUACAACUACAGCAGCCCCUUCACUGGCGUCCGUGCUAUUCAGCGCAAGAUGGAUUUUGCUACCGGUGAGCUCGAGGAUGAGGCUGGCGACGACUGGGAGGAUCAGCUGCUUGUCCACCCCGGUCUACUCGACUCGGCCAUCCAGACUGGCUUUGCCGCUUACGCCCACCCUCAUGACAAUUGUCUUUGGGCACUCCACGUCCCGACCAGCAUCCGCUCCGUCACUGUAAACCCAUACUACUUCUCCAGCGGUAUCGAUGAGCGCAAUCGUACCUUCCAGUACCAGACUUCCACUCGUAUCACUCCUGAUACUCCCAUGGUGGUAGACAUUGGUAUUUUCUUCGGAGAUGGUGAACAUCCAUUCGUGCAGUUUGACUCGGUUGGAGUCAAGCCUUUUGCUGCCGCCACUGCCCACGAUGACGCUCCCGUAUUUUCUCGUAUCAGUUACCGCAUGGAUUCCCCCGACGUUACUGUAGCUAUCAAGGGCCCCGAUGCGAUAUUGGGGCCUGAGAACACGGCUAUGUUGCUGGCAGCUGAGCGCAUGGGUUUCUACCACCUGCAUCGCUUGUAUGAGGCUAUCUUCGCCGAAGAGAAAGAGGACGCCUUGCCACACUACCAGCGCCUGUUGGACUAUGCAGCUCGCGUUGUGUCCCUUGUCUCGGAAGGUAAUCACCCUACUGUACCCAUGGAGGCCAUGGACGACUCCACUGGCUAUAUCCGCUCCCUCAUGACCAGGUACCACCAACACGUGUUCGUAAAGCUGUUGGGAGUCGUGGGCGAGAAUCUAGAGGAAGUCGUUCGCACCGGCGGCGAUAUGGUGGACUACAUGAUGAAGGACGGCCUUCUCCAUCAGUUCUACCAAGAGCUGGCGGGACCUCACGGUUCCGAGAAUGCCAACGCUUGGUAUGGCCGUCUCCUCAGGCAGAUCACUUUCUGCUACUCUCGCAUGAACAUCUUAGAGAUUGGCUUUGGCACCGGCGCCGCUACCAGCAACAUUCUGUCUGCACUUAACGGAGAGUUUGAGACUUACACCUUCACUGACGUCUCUGAUGAGGGCUUCAGCGCUGCGCAGACUCGAUUUCAGAAGUACAGCGACCGCAUGGCCUUCUCGAAGUACGACAUGGAUAAGCCGCCGGGCGAGCAGGGCUUUGAAGAGGAAUCUUAUGACGUCGUAUUGGCCGCCGCUGCUCUACACGCCGGCGCAGACAUGGAAACGGUCAUGGCCAAUGCCAGGCGCCUUGUCAAACCCGGUGGUUACCUCCUCGUGGGCGAUGUCAUCAGCAACGACUUCCUGAGCAUCGGCACUAUUCUGGGCGGUCUUCCCGAGUGGUGGGAGGGUGCCGAUGUGGAUCCUAGCCAAGCCGACGCUCCCUGCCUCUCCGUGGAACAGUGGAGUGAGCUUGCAACUCGAAACGGCUUUGCCGGCAUUGAAACCCACAGCCCUGUGGAUAACAAGCUGCAGUACACACCUGUUCCUAACGCCUCUCCUAAGGGCCACUUGGUAGUAGUCGGUGGACGCAAGGCCGCUAUUGCCAAGUUUGCCACCGAGACCAUUGCCCUGAUCUCCGAUUUAUACGAGGGCAUUACCCAGCUGGAGUCGCUGGAUGGGCUACAUGUUGCUGGUCUAGAACCGGGAACUUCAGUGCUUUCUCUUGCUGAGCUCGACCAGCAAUUCCUUGAGAAUCGCAGCGCCGUCAAGCUCGAUGCCCUGAAGACUCUGUGGCGCAACGGUCGAAGCAUCCUGUACGUGACUCGUGGUGCACGAAAUGAUAGCCCUUACUCUGCGAUGGUUUUAGGAGUGUCGCGUUGCGUCCGCUUCGAGCAACCCAACAUCAACAUGCAGGUCCUCGACUUCGACACGGAUGUUCCGCCUAACACAAAAACUCUCGCCGAGUCUCUGAUGCGCCUCGAGCUGGGCUACCGCUGGUUCAGGGAGGAAGAUGGCGUCAACCUGCUGUGGAGCAUGGAAUCCGAAGUGUACCACACCAAAGAUAAGAUUCUUAUUGCUCGGUGCCUGCCGUUCACUGCGGCCAACGAUCGUUAUAACACCUGCCGUAGGGCCGUCCAGGCUGUGGUUAACCCCACUAAGGAGGCGAAGACGACCACUAUCAAUGUCAACCACUCACUGCUGUACUCUAUCCGUGUCCAACAAGCGGGGUUCUUUGCCCUGGCCGCAGGUCAGGACGCCCAUACCGGUGAGGCCUUAGUUGCCCUCCUUGACACGGCGACCGAGUCUGUCUCCCGCGCCCCUGUCGAACGGACAACCACGGCUCCAGCCAACACCAGCGCAGUCCUAGCCGCCAUUGCUUCGCAGCUCAUGUCUCAGAGCAUCCUCACUGCUGCUACAUCUAGCCAUGGUACUAUUGUAGUACAUGAGGCUGAUGAGGUUCUCAAGGACGCUUUGACCCGCGAGAGCGCCGCCGAGGGAGUGGACGUUAUGUUUACCACUGCUGAUAAGACCAAAGCCACGACAGAACAGUAUGUCUUCGUUCACUCUAAGUUGCCGAUUCGCCUGGUCCAAACUCUCAUACUCCCCGGUCACGUCUCCCUCCUUGUGAACUUGGCGCCAGGAUGUGGUAGCGCAGAGCUCCUUUCCCUAUGCAUCCUUUUGAACACUCCCACACGCACUGCUGCCGACUUCGUCCGACCCCGGCCUGAUGUUGAGCUAGGUAUCGCCGUGCAGAAGGUUCGCGAGGCCUUCGAGGCGGCUGUCCGGACUGUGUCUGUUUUGCUAAAACAGAACCACCACACAAACCGCAAUACUGGUGCCGCUGUCAUUCCUCUGCAGAGCGUCGCUGGUCACCCAGCCACACAGGCUCAUCUCAGCGUCGUCGAUUGGAACACGGCAUCCGUGAAUGUCCUUGUGCGACCCAUUGACCAUGGCACCAUCUUCUGCGCCGACGCCACCUACCUGCUCUUCGGUCUAGCCGGUGAGCUUGGACUGUCGAUCUGCAACUGGAUGGUUCUUCAUGGAGCCCGUCAUAUUGUCAUUGGCAGUUGCCGGCCCAAUGUGAACCCCAAAUUCAUCGAGCGGCUUGCGGGAAACGGUGCUGAUGUCCGCGUUAUGACCGUCGACGUCUGUGACCGUGAGUCCCUAUACAUGUGCUACAAAACAGUCACUGCUGAGAUGCCAGCUGUCGGAGGUGUGACCAAUGGUGCGUUAGUCCUUGCUGACUCUCUCUUUGACGAGAUGACCUAUGAGGAUCUCGAUUGCACUUUUGGACCCAAGGUCGAAGGCACCACGCUGCUCGAUGAGCUCUUCUACGACACGCCCCUAGACUUCUUUAUCCCCUUUACGUCCGCCGUUGGUGCUUCUGGAAAUACUGGCCAGUCUGUUUACAUUAUGGCUAACAACUUCAUGACAUCCCUGGCCGCUCAGCGUCGCGAUUCCCGUGGUGUAGCGGGAUCCGACUUGGCGCUCGGCGCCAUGUCUGGUUUGGGUGCCUUUGAGCGCUCCACAACCCUCGACAAGGACCACUUCAGCAAGAUGGGUUACCGGGACAGCUCGGAGCAAGACUGCCUACAGCUAUUUGGUGAGGCGAUCCUCACCGGUAAGCCCGAGAACGCCCACCUUGGUGUGUCCCAGGUCGCGAGCGGCCUGAAGCCUGUCCGCAACGCCGCCAACGGAGGUGGUGGUUCCGGCAAGUCGGCCCGCCCACGUCUCCGUCUGGCGUCUGCCAAAUCGCGGGAUGAGGCUCAGUCUAUUGUCAAGGACGCAUUCGUUGAGCGCCUCAAGCGUGUCCUUAUGAUUCCCCAAGAUGAGCCGUUGAACGAGGAUAUGACCUUUGUCGAACAGGGACUAGACUCCAUCAUGGCCGUAGAGGUCCGCACUUGGUUCUUGUCGGAGGUUGAAGUAGAUCUGCCCGUUUUGCAGAUUCUCGGUGCCGGAUCCACAGUUCAAGCUGUGGUAGACAGUGUUAUGGGCAAGAUUCCCGCCUCUAUCCUCGACUAG